AUGGCUGCGACGUCGUCUCGAGACCACCGAUUAUGGCACCCUACUCGGGGCAUCUCUUUCGCGCCGGGCCCCGCGUCGCCUGCAUCUGGCGCUCCGAACGCGCGCUCUAUGGCAGACAGUCCGGCUGGGGCUAGCCAAAACCUCGCUUCAUUGCAGCCGAAUGGUACACCCGACGGUGACGCAAUCGCCAUCACCCACGAAGCACCGACUCCAAGAGCUCAAUCAAUACUCCUGGAUCCGGGCCUGCAGACACCGGCGGAGACUGCUGGUUUAUGCGCUUCAGUACAGGUUUUGGCAGAUAUAGAGGCAGAUGUUGAGGCAAAUGAGCUGGAUAAGACAGCAACUGAUGAUCCUCCACCUGCCGUCCUUGAAUAUAAGAUGGAAGAUGAUUUAUUCUACGCUGCUAAACAGGCUCCCUUGGGCUCACCUGCAUCUUUUUGGUCCUACAAGCAGUAUCGGCGUACGGCAGACGAUGGAUCCUUACAGAAAGUUACGGUGCACUAUUGUCGCACCAAACAUACCAUGGAACGAGUCUGCAAGCAGUAUUUCAUGGAUGAAAAAGUCCUUGGUUUUGAUUUAGAAUGGAUGGCAGACUCGACUCGGCGAGACGGUGUGAAGAAGAACGUUUCGCUGAUUCAAUUAGCGAGUCCUAGCCGCAUUGCACUAUUUCACGUUUCUUUGUUUACAGACACCGAAGAAAUGGUUGGGCCGUCUUUUAGAAGUCUCAUGGAAGAUCCUAAUGUCUUCAAGGUUGGCGUUUCUAUAAAGGGUGAUACAACAAGGCUGCGGAGAUACCUUGACAUAGAUUCACAGGGAUUGAUGGAACUAAGCCACUUGUACAAGCUUGUGACGUACUCUAGAAAUGGGCAGCAUCACAACAUCAACAAGAGGCUUGUGCCACUAGCAAAACAGGUCGAAGAGUAUCUACAUCUUCCGCUGUUCAAGGGCCAAGAUGUCAGGGCAAGUAACUGGUCAAAACCCUUGGACUGGGACCAAGUACUAUAUUCGGCUUCUGAUGCCUACGCUGGAUUGCAAUUGUACUUAACCUUAGAUCAUCACAGGAAACAACUGGAUCCUUGUCCGCCCUCUCCGCAUCGUGCAGAACUAAAUCUUGCGAUUCGACUCGCAGACGGCAUUAAAGCAGCUCGAUCAACCGAGACAUUGGAAAUUGACGAAGUGACGUCUAAUGAUUGCGUCGCUGGACUGCCUGAGGAGACGACUGUUGUAGAGACUGUUGGUGCCGAGAAUAUAGAGACGGUGUCUCUGACGACUCUGCGCAAGACCAGAACAAGCAUUGCCUCUAAGGAAAAGUCUGCAUCGAUCUCGCCAACGCCAAAACUGCCUGAGCCCCCUAAAGAUUCGCGCGUUGAGGUGGCUGAAGACCGGGCGGCUUCCUACCGAACAUCACACCCCAAGACUCGCUCAUCAUUUGCGCAGCUCCGAGCGUAUUUUCUGUGGCAUUGCUACGAUUUACCGCCUUCCACUAUCGCGCAGCUACUUCGCGAUCCGCCUCUGAAGACCCUCUCUGUGGUCCAGUAUAUCAUCUUCGUAGUGCAGGCGGAGAAACUCCCUGUCGAUCGCGAUCGAUUGCGCGAAGUCGCAAGCUUCCUCCCCCAGAAUACGCUCUGGGGUAGAUUCCCUGUGGUUGCGGGCAUGGUGGCCCCCACCGAGGCCUGA